UAUAUCUAUGCCCGUCUGGUUGCUGCAAGUCUGGACUGGAACACUCUGCCCUCCACUUGUUGACAUCAUCUCGACAAAAUAAAUUUGAUCCCUUCAGUUUCUAUCUCAACCCGAGCAGCCCCUGCCUCUCUAUACCCUUCACAAGAUGCUAUGAUACCUAUUGUAAAUAAGAGCUUAGAUUUUCAAUUUUUCAAUCGUGCCCUUGACAAAGCAACCUUGCCUGUGUUUUUCCCUUCUCCGUUAUAGAAUAACAGCCCGUACUCUAUUCAUUACGCGCCCCUCGCUGCGUUAGUAGUAUUCCAUCAUGACUAUCUUCGUUGCUUCCCUGUUUCUUCCUAAAACGAUCUAUUUCGACCUUCCAGAUGCGCCGUCUAAAUCCAGUAGACAGGUUCUUCGACAUGGCCAUCCUGGCGCAUCAAAACGACCCACUCUAGAUGCUCGCCCAAGUCUCUUCAACCCCCGCCCUCCAAAUACACCACCUCUUACCCCCACGGAAAAUGAGACUGCACUUGACGAUGACUUGUUUAUGAAUGAAGAUAGCCUGCCUGUCCAAGCCGUGAACGAUGCUGAGUUUAGGGGUCCAGCGGAUAAGGAAUCUCCGUCUUGGGGCGGCCGGAAAUUUCAACCAACAUCUCGUGUAGAUGCACCCCCUCCAGCCUCAAUCCUUGAGCACGAAAAGACCUUUGAAAAAGCAAAGCAGCUGGGCAGGCAAGGCGUUUUACAACCUCGCACAUCUCGGAGUGACAGCCAUGACAAAGUAUUUGCGAAUGCCAAUUGGCGUGUCGUGAACGCAGACCAGGGCAACGGGGGUCUCCGUAACGCCGCUGAAGCCGCGGCGAGGGAUGGCAGCGCGGAUGAGGUCACAUGGGUAGGAACUCUAGGCAUGCCCACGGAUGCAUUAAAUGGCACACAGCAAAAGCAAGAUAUCUACGACCGAUUGGCGACUGAGUUCAACAUGCUGCCUGUCUUCUGCUCGGACAAGGACUUCGAUGGACACUACUUACAUUUUUGUAAGCAGAUUUUGUGGCCAGUUUUCCAUUACCAGAUUCCCGACAACCCUAAGAGUAAGGCCUACGAGGAUCAUUCUUGGCAAUUCUACGUCAACCUCAACCAAGCGUUUGCAGAUAAGAUCGUCAAGAACUGGAAGCGUGGUGACACUAUAUGGAUCCAUGAUUACCAUCUGCUUUUGCUCCCCAGUAUGAUUCGUAAAAAGCUCCCAGAGGCCAAGAUCGGGUUGUUUUUGCACGUCGCUUUCCCUUCUUCCGAAGUGUUCCGCUGUCUAGCUGCUCGUGAGCAACUUCUAGAAGGUAUGCUAGGCGCGAACCUUGUCGGUUUCCAGAUUGCCGAGUACACACGGCACUUUCUUCAGACUUGCAGCAGGCUUCUCUCAUGUGAGACCACGAGCGAAGGUAUUCAACUAGAAGAUCGUUUUGUGGAUGUCAUGAAUACUGCUAUCGGUAUUGACCCUGUCAGUUUAAACCUCCACCGCCAAGAUCCAGAAGUAAUGAAAUGGGUCAGUAUGAUGAGGGACCGCUACAGAGGCAAGAAGAUCAUCGUCGCGAGAGAUAAACUGGAUCUUGUACGUGGUGUGCGCCAGAAACUACUGGCAUUUGAGCUAUUUCUCAACAAGAAUCCUUCUUGGAGAGAUAAGAUAGUUCUAAUUCAGGUCGCCUUGUCAACAACUGAGAAGAGCGGCCUAGAUGCCGCUGUCGGGGACAUUGUUGCCAGGAUCAAUUCGACUUGGGCAAAUCUUUCUUAUCAGCCGGUGGUAUACCUGAAGCAGGAUAUCCCGUACUCCCAGUAUCUUGCUCUCUUGACGAUUGCAGAUGCUCUGAUGAUCACGAGUCAGCGGGAGGGAAUGAAUUUGACGUCCCAUGAAUUUAUUGUGUGUCAAGAUGGAGCAUAUUGCGACCAAAAACAUGGGUCUCUUAUUCUCUCCGAGUUCACCGGCACUUCAUCGCUUUUCGGUGGCCAGCAGCUUUCAGUCAAUCCAUGGAGUUACCGUGAGUGCUCCGAGGCUAUUAAACAAGCAGCGGAGAUGUCCAGUGAGGAGAGGGCCUCCAGGUGGUCAUCACUUCGCGAAGUAGUAAGCCGCCAAACUGGCAGCCAUUGGUUCACCAGCUUCUUGUCGCGACUCGACCAAAGCUACGAGAUCCAACACCGCCAUGACCAAAUUUCCAUUCCACGGCUGAACCUAAACCAGUUAGGUAAACAAUAUAGCCAAUCUGAGCGAAGACUUUUCCUCUUGGAUUAUGAAGGGACACUUGUUUCAAAUGAGCGUUCAAAGAACGCGGUCGUUAGCAAUCCUCAUCGCGUACUUGCUGUGCUCAGCGAUCUAGUAUAUGACAACCGGAAUACCGUAUUCGUUAUGUCUGCGCGAAGAGCCGAUGAACUCGAGCGUCUCUUUCGGGUGGUGCCGAACCUAGGCCUGAUCGCCGAGAAUGGCUGCUUCAUUAGAUAUCCCUCCAAAAGCACAUGGACUGAAUUCGCAGACAGAAGCAAGGUUGCAUCAUGGAAACAGUCUGUUAGGAGCAUUCUUCAGUACUACCUAGAGCGCACACCAGGCUCCGAGAUUGAAGAUCGGAGUUGUUCUCUCAUCUUCCACUUCAAGAAUGCCGAAGAUUAUACGAUGGCAGAGAGACAAGCGAGUGACUGGACAGCUCAUAUCAAUGAAUCCUGUGAAGAUCAACACGUACAUGCGACUCAGCUUGAGGACUGCGUAGUGGUUGAAUCCCAUGACUGGACCAAAGACACCGCAGCCGCCCAUAUCUAUGAGCACAUAAAGGAAACCAAAGAUGGCGAGAAUCAUGGUGGUCAGCCGGAUUUUCUCAUGGUUGUAGGUGACGGUCGUGAUGAUGAAAAGGUAUUCCGUUGGGCCAACAAGUUACAAGAAGACGGUGAUGUCAAAAAUGCUGUUACUGUAACCGUGAGCAACCGAAAUACCGAGGCCAGGACGACCCUAACGCAGGCUGUAAGCGGCGUUCUUGUGACCCUUCAAAAGCUUGCCAGCCUUUCCUAGGAAGAGAGGUGCAUUGCAUACCGCAACUAUAUCCUCGAUAGCCUUUCGAGACAGGCGCGGAGGUCUCGCAGCAGCUCUCAGAUGUCCUCGAAUUGGAUGUCUUAAAAUUGGAAGUUUGAGCUUAGCUGCGGACGAGGAGAGUUACGCAUCGACUGCCAUUAGCUACGGAAGAGUUAUAGAACAGGCGAGGUAUGCUUGUUUGCCGAAGGAACAUCUCCCCCUUUGAACGUAUGCAGAAGGCCUAUAUAUUUUACAAGCAUUAGCAUGACAUGAGUAUGAGCACGAGCCAAGUUCAAAAUUAAUGAUACUUUGAUACCAAGGUCCGGUGGGAUGCGCGCCCUGUUAAGUACAAGAUCUUGUCAAGUUAGUAGGCAUGUAGCUAUGCCUGAGCUAACCCAAACACUACCUACUCUUUAGGUAGGCAUCACUAGGUUGGUAUUCAUAUCUUAUCCAACGUACCUAUUCGAUGGUGUACACGGUUCUUCAACGAAGCUGGUACAUAUAUGUAAUAUAAUACAUGUCUAGUUGGAUACCUACAUGUACAUGUUACGUACCCAGGCGGAGGGCGCGCACGCAUUAUACCUGUACUCCAGUGCCCCACUUACAAGUAGGGAAAAGGAAAGAAGAA